AUGGUCGGUAUUUGGCACUCUGUAAAAGCUAAACUUAUUUCCUACUGGGCUCACCUAUCGGAGCGUAUCAUCGUCGAUGCAUAUGCCUUUUAUAAAUUCCAGUACAAAUACGUUCCGCAAUUGAGCGAUCUCAACGGCGAGGAGGGAUUGGAAGGGCCAGACCCUCACAGCAUCGUCAGCAAUGACUACUCCAGUACCCAACAAUCAACCUUUUUGACUGAAGAGGAGUAUAUCAUAGCUAUCCCAUAUGUCAGGCGGUUUGCUUUGAAGUCCAUGACGUGGUAUAAGCUCGACAUCAGUAACAUUUCUCACAUGAUGUGGAACGAGAAGCUUCUGGGUAACCUUGUCAUCCAAGAUCAAGAAAAGCGACUGCCUCUUGCUCUAGUUCAAGACCAGGGAAGCCAUGAGGAUGAUAAGUUCGAUGACUUCAUAGAAGACAAAGGAAAGGGGCUAAUUCUCCUUCUUGCGGGUCCCCCUGGAGUGGGCAAGACUCCACAGCUGAAUCCGGUACUGACCGAAGAGCUCGAAAGACCAUUGUACAGAGUCAAUGCUGGUAUCUUGGCCGUUCAGCUGACACAGUCGAAUCAUCGUUGA